GAGAGGAGAGGAGAGGAGAGGACUCUCCAAUGUAUGUGCCCUAAAUAAGCAUUCCUCCAUAAAGGGUUUUUCCAAGUUAGAAUAUUUUCUGAACUUAUUGCUAACUGGGAAUUGAUUUUCUCGGUUCUUGUCCAUGGAAGUCAUGGCUGAAACCUAUGUCAUUCUUCCUAUCCUCCUCCUCUUACCCCUCCUCUUACUCUUCCUCCUCAAGUAUUUCAACUCUGCUCCCCUACUUCCACCAGGUCCAAAUCCAUGGCCAAUUUUAGGCAAUCUUCUUCACAUGGGUAAAAAACCUCAUAUAACUUUAUCCAACUUUGCUCAGUCCUAUGGUCCUCUCAUCUCCCUAAAACUUGGAACUCAAGUCUUGAUCGUUGGAUCAUCACCUGCUGUUGCUAUGGAAAUUCUCAAAACCCAUGAUCGUAUAUUGUCUGCACGACUUGUCCCCCACGUGUCACCAGUUAAGAGCCCAGAACUCAACCAUUUAUCGCUUGGUUGGGCUGUCGAAUGUAACGAUAAUUGGAAGUUUCUGCGUACAAUAUGCCGAACUGAGCUCUUCUCAGGGAAAGCAAUAGAGUCCCAAGCAUGUUUGAGAGAGAGGAAAGUGAUGGAAAUGAUUGAGUUUUUGAGUCGAAUGGAGGGAAAAGUAGUGAAAAUUGGAGACGUGGUUUUUGCAACUGUGUUCAAUAUGUUGAGUAAUGUAUUGAUGUCAAGAGAUUUUACAAGAUUGGAGGAAGAGAGUGAAGAGGGAAAGAUGAAAGGGCUUUUGAGGACAAUCUUUGAGGUGGUUUCUACUCCAAAUUUGGCUGAUUUUUAUCCAAUUUUUGGAGCAUUAGAUCUUCAGGGUCUGAAUAAGAAGUCUAAGGAGUUGUUCAUGAGAAUUUGUGCUUUGUGGGAGCCUAUUAUUGAAGAAAGACGAGAGAGGAAAACAAGUAAAAUUUCAAGACAAGAAGAUUUCUUGGAUGCUCUUCUUGACAAUGCAUUUACCAAUGAUCAAAUCAACCAUUUGACUACGGAGCUGAUCUCUGCUGGCACAGACACUAGUACCUCAACAAUAGAGUGGGCAAUGGCAGAACUGAUAAAAAAUCCAGAGUCCAUGAACAAAGUUCGUGAAGAGCUAGCAAGAGAAAUAAACCAUGAUUUCGCAAAAGAAUCCCAUCUUCCUCAGCUACCGUACCUUCAAGCCUGUGUCAAAGAGACUCUAAGGCUCCAUCCUCCUGCCCCAAUUCUGAUUCCACACCGUGCACUUGAAUCUUGCACAGUGAUGAACUAUGCCAUUCCUAAAAAUGCCCAACUGGUCGUAAAUGUUUGGGCGAUUGGACGAGACCCCACAAUUUGGGUAGAACCGUUAAAAUUUAAUCCAGGGCGGUUUCUAACUUCUGCGUUGGAUUUCAAAGGGGGUGAUUAUGAAUUUGUACCGUUUGGUGCAGGUAGGAGAAUCUGUCCUGGCCUUUCGAUGGCUGCAAAGCAAGUACCUUUGGUUCUUGCUUCUUUGAUUCAUUUCUUCGAUUGGUCUCUCCCACUUGGGAUUAGUCCCAAUGAGCUUGACAUGACUGAGAAAUUUGCACUGACAUUGCAGAGGGAACAACCUCUACUUGUCAUUCCUAAAGUUAGGAAGUGAUCAAAUGGAGUUUCCGAUAUAUGUACUGUCUCUGUCACUUGUUACGUCAGUUGAACAAAAUGUAAAAUGUGAUAAUAAUGAACCCUGUUUGGAUUGUAUCACACAAAUGAAAUGUGAUAAAUGUAAAUCUAUGCAAUGUCAAAUAGAUGG